AUAACGUGGGGGCGUGGCCUGCCAUGGGGCGGGGAGACGCGGAAGCCGGUGGCAGCCGAAGCAGAAAAUCUGGGCCAGGCCCAGCCUGCGAUUCCAUCACCUCAGUCCCCGUCCCCACCGAGCAGCCCCUAGGCCAUGGACGCAGCGGAGCCGGGGCUUCCCCCGGCUCCCGAGAGCAGGAAGAGAUACAGUGACAUCUUUCGGAGCCUGGACAACCUUGAAAUUUCACUGGGGAACUCGACCCUUGAGAUGCUGGCUGGAGACCCCAUACUCACAGGAGAUCCAGAGUCUGACAAGACCCCCACAGCCACUGUGACUGGUGAAACCAGCCAUUGGAGUGGCCCCUCCCCAGAGGGUCCUGCACCCCUUACAGGGGAGGAACUGGACUUGCGGCUCGCGCGGACCAAGGGCGGUGUGGACGCAGCCCUGGAGUACGCCAAGACCUGGAGCCGCUACGCCAAGGAGCUGCUGGCCUGGACCGAGAAGAGAGCCAGCCUUGAGCUGGAUUUUACCAAAAGCAUUAUGAAGAUCGCCGAGGCUGGCAAGGUGUCGCUCCACCAGCAGAGCCACAUGCCACUGCAGUACAUCUACACCCUGUUUCUGGAGCACGACCUCAGCCUGGGAGCCCUGGCCAUGGAGACGGUGGCCCAGCAGAAAAGAGACUACUACCAGGGAACAGAAGGCCCGGUGACCCUGAGGCAGAUCCCCGUCCCCCAUCCUUGCCAGCCCCUGGCCGCCAAGCGGACCGAGAUCGAGAAGUGGAGGAAGGAGUUCAAGGAGCAGUGGAUGAAAGAGCAGAAACGGAUGAACGACGCGGUGCAGGCCCUUCGAAGAGCCCAGCUCCAGUACGUGCAGCGCAGCGAGGACCUGCGGGCUCGCACCCAGGCGUCCUCGGAGGACCCCGCCCCCCAGGCCUCACCGGCUCCCAGCAAACAGCAAGAGCGGCGGCGGCGCUCCCGGGAGGAGGCCCAGGCCAAGGCGCAAGAGGCAGAGGCGCUGUACCAGGCCUGCGUCCGCGAGGCCAACGCGAGGCAGCAGGACCUAGAGGCCACCAAGCAGCGAAUCGUGUCGCACAUACGCAAGCUGGUGCUGCAGGGGGACGAAGUGAUGAGGCGGGUGACCCUGGGGCUGUUCCGGCUUCGAGGGGCACAAGCAGAGCGCGGGCCCCGCGCCUUCGCCGCCCUGGCCGAGUGCUGCGCGCCCUUCGAGCCUGGCCAGCGCUACCAGGAGUUCGUGCGGGCACUGCGGCCAGAGGCCCCGCCACCCCCGCCACCCGCCUUCUCCUUCCAGGAGUUUGUUCCCGCCCCGCACAGCUCCCCUCUGGACACCAAGAAGAAGCUCUCCGGACCCCCACCUCCGCGGCUGGAUGAGAGUGCCGCUGAGCCGGGCCCUUGGGAGGACACGGGCGGCGUCGGCUGGCAGGGGACUCCGGGCCCCACUCCGGGCAGCGAUGUGGACAGCGUGGGCGGCGGCAGCGAGUCUCGAUCCCUGGACUCUCCCACUUCCAGCCCAGGCCCUGGUCCAAGGCAGCUGGUGAAGGUCUCCUCCACAGGCACCGAGUCUUCAGAUGACUUCGAGGAGCGAGACCCUGACCUGGGAGACGGGCUCGAGAACGAGUCCGGCAGCCCCUUCAGGAAGUGGACGCUGUCCAGCGCAGCCCAGACUCACCGGCUGCGGCGGCUGAGGGGCCCGGCCAAGUGCCGCGAGUGCGAGGCCUUCAUGGUCAGCGGGACCGAAUGUGAGGAGUGCUUUCUGACCUGCCACAAGCGCUGCCUUGAGACUCUGCUGAUCCUCUGUGGACACAGGCGGCUCCCAGCCCGGACCUCCCUCUUCGGGGUCGACUUCCUGCGGCUGCCCAGGGACUUCCCGGAGGAGGUGCCCUUUGUGGUCACCAGGUGCACGGCUGAGAUAGAACAGCGCGCUCUGGGUGUGCAGGGCAUCUAUCGGGUCAGCGGGUCCCGGGUCCGAGUAGAACGGCUGUGUCAGGCUUUCGAGAACGGCCGAGCGUUGGUGGACCUGUCUGGGAACUCACCUCAUGACGUCACAAGUGUGCUCAAGCGGUUCCUCCAGGAGCUCACUGACCCCGUGAUCCCCUUCCACCUCUACGAUGCCUUCAUCUCUCUGGCUAAAACCCUGCAUGCAAACCCCGGGCACGACUCUGAGACCCCAAGUCCCAGUGCCGAGGCUGUUCGCUUUCUGGAGACCCUCUUGGUGCAGCUGCCUGACUCUAACUACAACACCCUGCGACAUCUGGUGGCUCAUCUGUUCAGGGUGGCUGCACAGUUUGAGGAAAACAAGAUGUCUGCCAACAACCUGGGCAUCGUGUUUGGACCCACACUGCUGCGGCCGCCGGACAAUCCUGGGGCAGCUGCCGCCGGCUCCGUUAACUGCCUCCUGGACUUCGGGCACCAGGCCCAGCUCGUCGAGUUCCUCAUAGUGCACUACGAGCAGAUCUUUGGGAUGGACGAGCUGCCUCUGGCCGCUGAGCUCCCACCUCAAGACCCCAGCCCAGCCCCUGGGCUCCUCACAGCCAGCCCCCCGCCGGCACCCCCAUCCCUUGCCCCAGACCCCCUGCCCCCAACCUUGCCCCCAGAUUCAGAUCCAGACCCUGAGCCCCACAGUGCCCUGGAGGAGCAUCCCGAGGCCAUGCCCUCCGAGAUUCCAACUCCACAGAGUGACCAGAGAGAGGAAGUGGCCCAAGACACCAAAGAUGAGCGAGGGGAAGUGUCCAGCCAAGGCCCCGAGGACUCCCUCCUGGGGACACAGUCCCGUGGCUACUUCAGCCGCCAGCCAGUGAAGUAUGCCCGGGGGGGCGUGCGGCCCGUCACCCACCAGCUGUCCAGCUUGGCCCUGGUGGCUUUCAAGUUGUGCGAGGACACUCCGGUCACAUCAGGGCCUCAAGGGAGCUUGCGGGGGAGGGGCCCGGGCCCCGCUGCUGCCUCCCCUGAGGGCCACCCCCUGCGCCGCACCCCGCUCCCCAAGCAUUUUGAGAUCACCCAGGAGACAGCGCGGCUGCUCUCCAAGCUGCACAGAGACGAGGUGCCCAAGGCCACCUGCUGCCCGGACCUUCCGCCUGAGGAUGAGGAGGACGUAGAGGAGCAUCUCUGACCAGCCAGCACUCUGGCCAAGUGGCCCAGGACUGAGGACACAGACUCACGUCUCCCCAGGAGUUCAGUGUUAGGGCAUCUGGGGAGUUCCUAUAAGGAAAAACGUUUUGGAGGACAGUGUACCAGGAUCCCCCCACUAGACACGGGAUACUGCCAACUGUCAGGGCCACUCAGGUUCAGAGGUCACUCAGGGUCAAUACUCAGGUUCAAUACAGGUCACAGGAUCCUUGGGGUCCAUCUAGUCUCUGACCCCUUGGACAGGGGUACCUUUGGCUACUUUGGUCGUGGCCACUUCCCCACCUCAGCCCUCCUCCUUGGCUGACCCCAAGUGGCAUUGCUUUUGGAGGGGGGGGGAGUGACAGCCAGGUCCAUCCUGGUGGGUGGUGCCUGGGGUCUGGGGGUCUCUGAAUAAACUGUGUCCCUGUG